AUGGCGGACAAUUUGCCCUCGGAGUUUGAUGUGGUGGUGAUAGGAACCGGCUUGCCUGAAUCUAUCAUUGCAUCUGCAUGCUCAAGAAGUGGCCAGAGGGUUCUACAUGUUGACUCGAGAAAUUACUAUGGAGGAAACUGGGCCAGUUUUAGCUUUUCAGGAUUAUUGUCCUGGAUUAAGGAAAACCAGGAAAAGACUGAUGUCAGAGACGACAGUGAAGAUUGGAGAAAAUUGAUCCUUGAAACAGAAGAAGCUAUUUCUCUUAACAAGAAGGAUAACACCAUUCAGCAUGUAGAAGAUGUCUGUUAUGCUAGGUAA